AUGGAAAUGGCUGUGAGCGAAUCCGACCGAUCAUUUUCUCGAGAGAGCUUUGCAAAUACAGAUAACGAAGAACAUAUGUUGAUCGAAAAUUUAAUGGAGGGUACAUCAAUGUCACGUCCAUCAUCGGCACAGGGAAGUUUGGCACAUGGAGAAGACGAGGAACGUAAUCGUAUGUUGAGCAAUGAAAAUGCAACGCUGGAGAGAUUACAGUCGAAUCUUUAUAGGCAAUCAUUAGGGGAGGAGAUCUUUCCAAAAGUACGGCGACAACGCAGUAUCGGGAUGGCGUGCAAGUAUUGUGUAUUAUGUCAAGCCCAAUUCCCCCCUUUCUUCUCAGAAAAUUCAGGUAUUGAGACUUUAUGGCGAUGGCGACAAAGACGACAAGUACAACCAUGGGAAUACAAAUUCCGUGCCGUCAUUGAAAUAAAUAGAGAUGAAGAAGAAGAAGAAGAUAUUAAGAUAACGGGAGUGAUGACUUUUUCAGAAGGUGCUAGUCAAGAUGAGCUUGUCGCAUCGACACCUUCUUCAUCGACCAAGAUUCUCUUAAACACAGUUCAAAAUCCAGAUUACCCAUCUUGGUGUAAAGCUUUCUGCUUUCAUGAUUGGUGUUAUUCGAUUCUUCGUUGGAGGCUGGGAAAGUAUAAAGAUGCUACUUUACAUAAAGUUUGCCAAAGUCUUUCAAUCUCCCCAGCGUGGGAGAAUAUCGCAGAAUCCGAAGCUUGUUUGUAUGACCAGGCUGUCAUAAAUGACAUGUUAUCAGAUAUGACCGAGCUUGGUCCAAAGUACCAACCUUUAUUCUUGUCGAAGCUACCCCAAGAGUUGAGAGCACUUAUCUGGGGAUAUGUCGGUCCAUCAUCUGCUUAUACCUCGUUUCUGAUUGUGGCCGGCGAGACAUCACGUUUGUUCUACCAAAUGCAUCGUCCAGCAAAUCUUACUUUGGCAUUAUACCCAGAAUCACGUCUUGUUCCGAAAAUGAUUAAGAUCUUCGGUACUGAUUAUAUACAGAGCUUUUGUGCUGAGUCAACCACAAUUCCAAUCACCGACUCAGCAGUUGCUUGCUCCUACAAGCUCGCAAUAGGCACUCAUGGUAUAUGUGCAAUCCAAAUAAUCAGUGCGGAUGGAUCUUUUUGUUGGGUUGGUAAAGUCCCUAAAUCUGGUCUUGUUUGGUAUGUCAACGCCCAACGAGAAUUCCGCAGAGACAUCGAGCUCCAUUACACUUUCAAAGGUCUCAAUAUAGAUGUACGCCAAAGGCAAAGGUUCUACGGCGGUAUCUGGGACAGAGUUAAUUCACCUAAAUGGUCUCAGGAAGAGUCUUCCUUGAUUUAUAUUCGUCGGGAUGGGUAUGGCUUAUACAGAUAUAUCCCAUUCUAUAGGGGAUACGAAUAUACUACAGGAAUAACGUUUCACUUUCACAAGGGAUUUAUUACUGGAGUGGAAGCCUAUUAUGGGGAAAAAACGGAGCUCACGGGAGUUUACAGUGGUGUGGCUCUUCACCUACCCCUGGAGUACAAUGAACGCAUAUCUUUUGUAUGGAUUAAGCUUGGGGAAGAUAGAUUUCAGCGCCAUUACAAACCAGCAUUGAUUAUUCAAACCACACAUGGAAGGACAUGCCAUCUGGGGCCGUAUAUACCUCAUGACGAGUAUGAAUUCUACGAGUGGUAUCGUUUAACAUUUGAAGGACAGAUCACGGGGAUUUGUGUUCAGAAUUCUGACUGGACCUUGAAGAACUUCAACAUUAUCAGUGAUGGAAAUGAAGUAAAGCCUGUACAACCACUACUUCACUACGAGACACCAAGACAACGACCUCCAAUAUACCAAUAUAGUAACCUUGGUCUUUAUUUUAGUUCUGGAAAGUUUUCCCAAAUGAAGAGAGUGACUUUAUGUAGGAUUAAUGAACGCUGCGUGGGAAUCCUAAUACAUUACCUAUACAAACCGCCUGUAGUUUUGGGGCAAUGGUAUAAACCAGAAGUAUCAAUUCAUCAGAUCAUAUACGAUAGGAGCCAUCCACCGCCUUCGAGAAUAAUGUUCCGAUCGGCACGGUUCGAAAACUCCGAAGAAGGGUUUGUGGUAGAUGUCAGUUUCACACAGGAAGAAUUUUCACCUGUUGAUACGAAUGAUCAAGUACAGGUAUUUGAUCUUGCCCUUGAAGAGCAUAUUGCCUGGUGGUUCACAGACUCCACGGAUCUUAUUAGCCUCUGGAAUCCAGGUGGCCAGUCUGCAAAUGGUAUACAAAUGAAGGAGGUCAUUUGUCGGGAUUAUGAAAAGUAG